CCGCGCGUCGGCGAACGCCAUACGGUCAGUUCGUUUCAGACAGCGCGAUAAUCGACGUUUUACGACGACACAAAUAUAUCGCGAUCACGAGAGGUUACAAAUCCAUUAUUUUCCUGGGCAUCCUUCCAUCGUUGGGAGUAGACGCCAGCGCAGAUUAUCGUUUCCGUAAACAUUCCCGGGCUUCCAAUAUCCAGUACGCGACGAAAAAACGGGAUUCCGUGGCCCCUUGAACGUCCGAUUAUUCGGUGGAACGAAGUGAACAACUUGCACCGACCGCAUCUGCGAACCAGACGAAACGAGAAUGCGACGGCAACGAAGAAACGAAUACACGUAGAAGAGAAGCAAAGCCACAGCUGUGUUCGACGAGGACCGACGAUCGAACUACUCGAGUAAACGUAGCAGUGGCGUCGCUCGCGAACGAACGAAAGUCACUCGAACGGAACGAAUCGUGUCGAUUAAGAAAUACGCGGCGGAAGCGUCGCGCGUGAUUUUAGAGGAGAGUACAAUCGGCUGGUUGUCGGUACGCGUGCACAUAUCGCGGCUAGUACAGAUCUCUGGUACUAAUAGGGAAUCAUCGAACUAAUUCAACGAUUGAUUCGAAAAUGUGGCAUCCGUCGAGCAAGAGAAAUGUUCCAGAGAGCAGCAGCGAGGAGAAAGGUCACGCAGACUCCGGAUUCCUCUCCAGCGGGAAUCUCCUGGUCAGUUCGGAGCUGUGCGAGUCGGAAUCGUUGACUGCUGACACAACCGCGCCCGUAGCACCAGAACCAAUGAGGGCUGACAGCGGCGUGGAUCUUGGGCUUAGCGAGAGCCUCAGUCAACUGACGUUGAAGCAAGUCAUUUUGAAUCCCCUUGCGAGCGGGAAAGUUCAGUCCGAACCUACCGUUGAGCUUACUCCAGUCAGGUCCAACAAGCUCGAGCAUCAACGCGAGACGCCGACGUUGCGACACUGUGAAACGCAACGAUCACCUCAGACACCGCACAAUGAGGAACCUUGGCAGCUCUACUACACACAGGACGACGACGGUGAUACGCAGCUGCACAUAGCAAUAGUGCAAGGUUUUCUGGAGGCUGCGUUCAGUUUAAUAAGAAUGGCACCGCACUCCUGCCUUUUGAAUAUCCUCAACGACGACGGUCAGUCCCCUUUGCACCUGGCUGUGUUGACCAGGCAACCGAGGAUAGCACGCCGUUUGAUUCUGGCAGGUGCAAAUCCGGCAUUGAGGAACUUUCGAGGAAACACCGCCCUUCACCUUGCGUGCGCGACCGGCGAUCUGGCCUCGGCCAAGGCGCUCACCGAUCCUUUGACACCCGUCGAGAGGAAUUACCUUUUGCCCGGCAAGAAAAUACCUGGCCUGCCACAGAAUCUCGAGCAACGAAAUUACGACGGCGAGAUGUGCCUUCACAUAGCAGCCUCCUCGGGUCAGGUAGAGCUUGUACGGCUUCUGCUCCGUCUUGGAGCGGACCUCGAAGCCAGGGAAGCGUUGGCGGGAAAAACGGCACUCCAUCUGGCGGUGGAACGCGGUUGUCGUUCGGUGGUCGCGUUUCUGUUACAAGAAUGUCGACCCUGUCUGGACACGCAAACGUACGCGGGGAUCACCGCCUAUCAAAUAGCUCUCUGCUUGGACAGUCAGCUCGCGAGGGAAUUGGUUAGACUGGGCGCGACGCCGGAACCGCUUCCCGAGACGGAUUCCGACAGCAGCGACGACGAGGAGAGCAGCAGCCCCGUGGCCAAUUACCUGCCGGCUAUCGCGAGACUCCGACAAAACGUGUAAUAAAAAGGCCUUGGAAAAUCUACUGUAAAUCCCAGACUUUCGAUCGAUGACGGAACGACAAUGGAACUAUUCUCCGACGUUCCGAAAACGCGCAUCGGUAUCUAAAUAUCAGCAAA